GGAGAGGAGUAAAACAGUUUUUGUUUUGGUAAAACGGGUUGUCAUAAUAACAUUCGUGUGAUACCUAUCGGAAAUUCAAAGAAAGGAACGAAAAUGUCGGACCAUUCAGCUUUCCAGAGUGCUCCUCAAGCUAAACAUUUCCAGUCUAUUAGACGUCCUAUGUUUACGUCUGGGACAUUUGAUGGAAAAGUUGCAUUCAUUACUGGUGGAGGUACUGGUUUGGGAAGAUGUGUUGCGUUGUACCUGAGUACUCUAGGAGCACAGGUCGCCAUCGCAAGUCGAAAACUUUCAGUUCUCCAGAAAACUGCUCAGGAAAUCUCGAACUCUUCAGGCAACAGAGUUCUUCCUAUACAACUAGAUGUUAGGGAUCCUGCUUCAGUCAAACAAGCAGUGGAUACGUGCCAAAAUGAGUUUGGACUUCCAAAUAUUGUAAUUAACAAUGCUGCUGGAAACUUUGUAUCUCCAACAGAACGACUAUCAACAAAUGCUUGGAAAACAAUUAUUGACAUUGUGCUGAAUGGUACAGCUAAUGUAACUCUUGAUAUUGGAAAAAGACUGAUAAAAGCAGGGAAAGGGGCUGUAUUUUUGGCUGUUACAACUCCAUAUACUACACAUGGUUCAGGCUUUGUGUGCCCAAGUGCAUCAGCAAAGGCUGGUGUAGAAGCCAUGAGCAAAUCUUUAGCUGCUGAAUGGGGUAGAUAUGGAAUGAGAUUUAAUUGCCUAUCACCUGGACCUUUUGAAACUGAAGGGGCUUUUAGUCGUUUGGAUCCGACCGGCCAAUUCCGUUCAAUGCUCAAAGAUCAAAUACCUGUUGGGCGAAUGGGAGAUGUGGAAGAAGUAGCAAAUUUGGCCUUGUACAUGACCAGUGACUUUUCCAGUUGGUUAAAUGGUACUGUGAUUCAGCUUGAUGGAGGAAAGCUUCCUUUUACAGCAGGAGAUUUUAAUGCUUUAACACAAGUUGAAGAAGAACAGUGGAAUACGAUGGAGAAAAUUAUUCGAGGUGCGAAUGAAAAAUCCAAGUCUAAGUUGUAGAUAUUGCAUUGUCUUACAAGCUUCAGUAUAUUUUGGUUGUUGCGCGAUAUUAGUAUGGAUCCAUUUUUCCCGCCAGAAAGUAUAUAGCCUUGAAGUUUACCAGCAAUAUAUCUGAAAUAUUUUUUUCUCGUGGGUACCUCUUUUGGUAAUUAAAUACAAAUAGCUAAGCCGGCCAAA